GCAGUAAGAACCAAGAAAAAUGCCACUGACGAUUUUCCGUUUCCUAUCCAACGGGACAUGGACUUGUAAAAUUUCUGAAAAGUGUCAAGUCCCUGCCUUUGAGAAGGUGGAACCGUGGCAGUCGGAAGAGAAGACAAUUGUUCACAGGUCCUCGAAAGGAAAAGCCGCCCGUCGCCGCGGUCCGAGCUGCUGCCACUACUGCAAAUCCCAAUAAAGUGAGCAGAAAGGGCGUGGCACCAAAUGCAGGCUCGCGUUAUACUCCCACUGUCCUCCUCAUCUUUGACUCCCUCGCCAUCCCAGUCCAAGCCAAACGCAGACCAACAAAGAACUGCUGCCCAUUCCAGGAGCCCAAGAAACUCGCUUGCCAAGAACAGCAACUACUCAAGACCCAUCCCCCCUCCUCCCCAAGUCCUCUGCAGCCGCAAGCACUCAAACACUUCAACCAAGAGAUUGCACUGGCCAGUGGAGUGAAUCAGGUGAACAGUGAUCACCUGGUACAGAGCAACAUGAUGGGCUCUCUGCCCCUUCUCUUCUUCUUGCUGCUGCUGCUGAUUUCUGGAGUCAGGUUCGGCGGCAGCGUAAGGCUGGGCAAUGGCGGCUACGAGGAGUGGAGGCUGGGCACGGCGACCUACAUCAAGGAGUCCCAGGGGCACCCGCUCAAUGAUGGUGGUGGUGCCUGCGGAUAUGGGGACCUGGACAUAUUCAGAUACGGGAGGUACACGACCGGCCUGAGCAGCGCGCUGUUUGGGCGUGGCAGCGCCUGCGGCGCCUGCUACGAGCUCCGGUGCGUGAACAACAUCCUCUGGUGCCUGCGGGGCAGCCCGACCGUCGUCGUGACGGCGACCGACUUCUGCGCCCCAAACUUCGGCCUCCCUGACGACUUUGGUGGCUGGUGCAACUUCCCCAGGGAGCACCUAGAGAUGACCGAGGCCGCCUUCCUCCGGGUUGCCAAGGCCAAGGCUGACAUUGUCCAGGUGCAGUUCCGAAGGGUGAGCUGCGACAGAGCCGGUGGCAUGCGGUUCACGAUCACCGGCGGUGCCAGCUUCCUCCAGGUCCUGAUCACCAACGUGGCGGCCGACGGCGAGGUCAUCGCCUUGAAAGUGAAAGGGUCAAGAACCGGGUGGAUACCAAUGGGGAGGAACUGGGGGCAGAACUGGCAGUGCAACGCCGAUCUCCAGCGCCAGCCGCUUUCGUUCGAGGUCACUGGAAAGAAGGGGAGGACCUUCACGAUGUACAACGUGGCACCUUCAGAUUGGAUGUUCGCGCAAACAUUUGAAGGCAAGCAGCUCGUUGAAUAGGUGAAAAGAGUGGUAAGCUCCGGUGAUUGUAAUUAGAAUUACAGGGGGGGUUUAUAAAUGUCGGGCUUCAAUUUUGUGACCUAAAAGAAUUUAGCCUCACUGAAUGGUGUUUGCUCUGCUCACCCUGUUCGGUAUAGUUAUUAAAUUUUACUUCCGGUUG